AUGCGCGACUGGUCGUAUGACCAUGUUAGACCUGGCUGCGACCUCUUACGUUUUAGAAUCGCAGUUUUGGCAAAUGGUCUCGGCCGCAGACUUCGGAAAAAUGAUAUUAGACGCAUAUUGCGACAGCACAACUAUCACAGACAACAGCUUGCUAAUGGAAUGUAUAACAUAGCGGCAGCAAAUAUGAAGAAAAUGAUUAUCAAUGCAAAUUAUGAUCGAGUUGGGUGCUCUCUAAAGCGGUGUUCUUCUAACAGAACACUAUUCGGAUGUCUAUACAGAGAAAGUACAGAAUCGUUUUCAUCAUAUCCACUCUACAGACCUGGAAAAGCAUGCACAAAGUGUGAGGGGGACUCGUCUUUUUGUGAAAAUGGUUUAUGUGACUGCCGAAAAACUUGCCAUAAACCUUUCAUAGGAUCGGGUGAGCUGAAUAACACUACAUGCCAAUGUAAGUGUCAAUUCGGAAUGGGGCCUAAUUGUGACGAAGAGUGUCACAAUCCUGAACAGUAUCAGGACUGGGAUAUAUGUUCUCUAAUCACACAAGAAGAGUGCGCCUCUCCCGACUCUGACGAGCGAAAAUUGUUAGAGGAAUUCUGCCCGGAACAAUGUUCUUGUCACGUGCCAGGAGGUGGUGGUGGUGAAGGGAAACCGGACUACCCAGAGAAAAACCACUGA